CUGAACAACCGCAGGUUAGCAAGCGUUAGCUACUAAACCAAAAUAGUCAUGACAAGCUAACGUACCCUAACGCAGCUGCCUCAAAGAGGAUUUGGCUUGGAAGACUAAUAAUGGCAGCAGCUCCACCUCCGAACUUCUCCUGGGUAGAGCCAAACAAACUGGCUGGUCUGGCAAUGCCUCGAAUGCCAGCCCAUUAUCUAUACUUGCUGAAUAAUGGAAUCAAACAUCUAGUUAGUUUGUCUGAGAGAAAACCUCCUUACCAUGACACCUGUCCAGAAAUUACCCUACACCAUAUCAGAAUACAUGACUUCUGUGCCCCAAGUUUUGAUCAAAUUAAACGAUUUUUGUCCAUUGUAGAAGAAGCAAACUCCAAAGGAGAGGGAGUUGCAGUUCAUUGUAUGCAUGGUCAUGGAAGAACGGGAACAAUGCUGGCCUGCUACCUGGUUAAAGCAAGGAAAAUCACUGGGAUUGACGCUAUUAAUGAGAUCCGAAGAAUACGCCGUGGUUCCAUUGAAACACAUGAGCAAGAGAAAACAGUUGUGCAGUUUUAUCAACACAUUAAGUAA